AUGGCAUCGCCAACAGCAGCAGCUCUUCCAAUGCUCACUGCGCUCGUUACAGGCGGCGCAUGGGGCCUCGGCCGCGCCAUCGCAGAGGCCUUUCUGUCCGCGGGCCACAACGUCGCCGUCUGCGAUGUCAACGCCGAGCGGCUCGAAGACUUCGCGCGCGAUCUGGCUGCUGCCCACGAAGGCCGCUUCCUGGCCGAGAAGACCGACAUUACCGACGAGGCCGCUGUCGAGGCACUUGUAGGCGCAAUCACUUCCAGGUUCGGGCGGCUCGACUUUGUCGUCAACAAUGCGGGCAUCAUUGACACGUUCGACCCAGUCGGCACAACGACAAAGGCGCAGUGGGAUCGCGUGCUGGGCGUCAACCUCACCGGCACCUUCAUCGUGACCAAGGUUGCCGUCAACGCCAUGCUCGAGCAAUCCCCGUCGGGAGGCACCGUGCACGGAGUGGUCGGUAUCACCAGGAACACGGCGGGGGUAUACGGCGCUAAGAGCAUCUACAGCGUCGUCCUGCUCCUCGGCGGCAUGGACGACACCAACCUGUCCGACAGCUUCCGGACGGCAGGCAUCAAUACGGAGGGCAUCCAGCUCAUCGGCCAGGUGAAUCCGGGCUACACGCCAGGCAAGACCAACGUCGCCCUCGCCGACGUGGCCAAGUACUGCCUGUUCCUCUCGGACCCGGCCAUCGCGGCCACGUCAAAUGGUGGCACCAUCACCUUCCACAAGAACUGGCCCUGUGCGUAG